AACGGCCCUGUCGGGGGCGUCGGAGCAGUCCUGCCACAAGGAUUUCCACUGGUGUGUCGAUCUACUGUGCGCACUAGAUUUCUGAAACGUAUGAUCAGGCAGGCCAAGGUGGCGAGUGGAGAAAUUUCAGGUGCAUGGAGCAGUGUUCAAAAGUAAGGUUACCGCCUGGUGCCGCCGAGGCCUGCAAAAAGACUUAGGAGCUUCACUUCUACUUAUGCAGUGAGCAGAUCUACAUCUUGCGGUGAUCACUCUCGGCCCCGCAGAAACCAUGUCAGAACUCGACCCCACGCAAUCACACGCAUCAAGGGCGGGGGCCAUCCUCGCAGGAAACAUUGUCCCGCAAAUAGCAGCUACGAUCGUCGUGAUUGCGCGCUUUGUGUCGAAAGGCUAUUUGCGACGAUCAUGGGGCGCAGAUGAUUCAGUUCUUGCUUUGGCUUGGUUAUCAUCACUUACGCUCACCAUCUGCUCAUGUGUUCAAACGAAGUACGGUGCGGGUAUGCACGACGCCGACGUGCCCGACUGGGCAAUGAAGCCCAGCUUCCAACUCCGUUACGGAACCGUUCUCCUCUACAGUCUGGUCGUCUCCCUCACCAAGAUCAGCGUCUGCCUCUUCUACCUGCGCGUCUUCGCAAACCGCACUAGCCGCUACCUCUCGAUCGCAUGCAUCGUCUUCGUCUGUCUUUACACGAUCCCUAUCGAAUGCCUGAAUAUCUUUCAGUGCCAGCCGAUCGACGCGGCGUACGACCCUGUGAAGAUCGCUACUGCGAAAUGCAUCGACACGAUGCCCGGAUUCUAUAUUUCAGCGGGCUGCAGUAUCUUCGUCGAUAUCUGGCUCAUUGUGCAAGUCGUGCCGAUGAUUCUCCCGCUGCAAGUCCCGCGCAGGCAGAAAAUCGCACUCAUCUUCGUUGUCUCACUCGGCUGGAUCAUCAUCGUUGCCAGCAUAGUCCGCCUUGUCCGUCUUUCAAGAGCGCUGAAGUCUAGCGACAAAAACUGGGACUCGUACGACGCGUCGAUCUGGACAGCUAUCGAAUGCAACAUCGGACUCAUCUGCGUCUCAGCACCAGCAACAAAACCGCUCCUCCAAAAAAUGGCGCCGGAAUUCAUGCGGUCACUGUCGAACCCGACGUCAUACCCCGCGGGGACGUACCAGCUGCAAUCGGGGAAGCGGCGCACGGGCGCCGGCACGUUUCCGCUGCGCAGCGAGGAGAGCGGGCUGCGGUCACAAGCCGGCAUAUACGAGCAUGAGGACAGCGGCGUGUACGGCGGCAAGUCCGGCCGUACGGGGCCCGGCGGCACGUUUUGGGAGACCACUGUCACGGCGCGAGUGCGUGGCGAUGGCGAGAGCGAGGAGGAGGUCCUUGCUGGUGUGCGGAAUGCGAUCACGAAGAAUAUCGAGGUGACGGUGGAGAGCGCCGAUAAGGGCAGUAGUGGUGCUGAGAGCUUUGUUAGUGAUGAGAGUGGCAGUGCUGGCCCCAGAGGUGCGAGGUAUUAGCUGCGCUCAGGCUGCCGCUGGGCUUUUUUCUUUUGUUGCCUGCUUACCAUUAUACCCCGAUUUUGAAUAUAUGUAAUGUUUUGUCACUAUAUCUGGUCGUACUGGGGAAUGCGCUUGUGUGAAGCGGCAAUGGACAUGGAAAAGGUUGCUAACGCUUUACUUUUUCUAAUGUUGUAUCUAGAUCUACGUUCAGUCGUGCCAUACAGG